CGGCCACCAACCAUGUAACCACAGAAGAAGAAACCCGGAAGUAAAAAAAUUGCCGCCAAAGGUGCAGUGAGUUAGUUUCCUUUGUUUUGAUCAGAGGCUCGAGGCCGUGAUCACCUGUACAGGAAGGCUGUGUGUGUGAAUCCUCUGGCUGUGUCCAUGGCUGUGAGACGAGGCCACAUCAGGUACCUCAAGGUGUGUGAGGUCCAGACGUCCCAGGCGGAUGGUAGGGAGGCUCAGCAUGGACCCAAAGGAGCCGCUGGCAUCAAGGUGAUGGAGGCUGCGGCAUUGGAGUCGGAGGUUUACGACAACGGCUACGACGAAAUGUUGGACGACAUGGGCGACGCCAGAACCAACCUGAUCGUGAACUACCUGCCGCAGAACAUGAGCCAGGAGGAGCUGCGCAGUCUGUUCAGCAGCAUCGGGGACGUGGAGUCGGCCAAACUCAUCCGGGACAAAGUGGCAGGCCACAGUUUAGGUUACGGCUUUGUUAACUUUGUUAACCCUAAUGAUGCAGAGAGGGCUAUCAGUACCCUCAAUGGCCUGAGGCUACAGUCUAAAACUAUCAAGGUGUCGUACGCCCGGCCGAGCUCCGACGCCAUCAAAGACGCUAAUCUGUACAUCAGCGGGCUGCCCAAGACCGUCACCCAGCAGGACCUGGAGGAAAUGUUCACUCGCUACGGACGAAUCAUCAACUCCAGAGUCCUGGUCGACCAAGCCUCCGGCCUGUCGAGGGGCGUGGCCUUCAUCCGCUUCGACAAGAGGUCCGAGGCCGAGGACGCCAUCAAGUACCUGAACGGACACAAGCCGCCCGGCUCCGCUGAGCCAAUCACAGUCAAGUUUGCCGCCAACCCAAAUCAGGCCAAGAACUCCCAGCUGCUGUCCCAGCUGUACCACAGCCAGUCUCGGCGCUUCGGAGGACCCGUCCACCACCAGGCCCAGAGGUUCAGGUUCUCUCCCAUGGCGGUGGACCACAUGGGAGGGAUGGGCGGAGCCCCGGGCAACUCGUCGGCCGGUUGGUGUAUCUUCAUCUACAACCUGGGCCAGGACGCCGACGAAGGCUUCCUGUGGCAGAUGUUCGGGCCGUUCGGCGCCGUCGCUAACGUCAAGGUGAUCCGCGACUUCAACACCAACAAGUGCAAAGGCUUCGGCUUCGUCACCAUGACCAACUACGAGGAAGCCGCCAUGGCCAUCACCAGCCUCAACGGCUACCGGCUAGGAGACAAGGUCCUGCAGGUCUCCUUCAAGACCAGCAAAGGACACAAGUAGAGAGGAUGAGGGGGAGGAAGAGGGGUUUCACUUUGUUACUGUGAUUUUAUUUUUGUAUAUUUUCUCUUGAGUUUUUCUCUUUUGUUCCCAGCAGGCAGGAACAGUUGGUGUUAAAUGUAGAUGUUGAUGUUGACGUUGUUUCGCCUGGUUUCUCUCAUACUCUAUUCCAUCAUUUCAUUCCUCCAGUUGUCACUGCUCAGCUGAUGUUUUUAAGUUGUGUUCCAUGGUGGUGUGGUGAGUUAGAGUUUGAGUUGCAGCGCCGCCAUGUCGCCACUAGGGGUCAGAAUUGUUCAGUAACAAGGCAGCCAGUAUUUACAGUUCUGCCAGAUAUCGUUCAUGUACCGUCUCACAGGAAGCUGCACAAACAUGUACUGAGAGAAAUAAAAGCCUCAGACUGAAAAUAAAAUAAAACUCAGAAACACAACAGGGUUUCAGCCUCCAUUUAUGAAGCAGCGAUCCCAGCGGCAGCAAAGAGCUUUACAAG